AAUCAUUGUUUAUUGAUAGCCUAAUACCGGUAGUGAUUCAUACAUGUUAACAUCGUAUUGUGUAUUGGAAAGCUGAUGUUUUCAGAACUGAACACUCACAGCGAGACAAAGUGAUUUAGAGGGUUAAGAUUUUCGACCUGAAGCCGCCACAGAAUUUGUAGAUCAUGUUGAGGUUUAUUCGAAAAAGGUUCGAACUUUUGUGUGUUUUUUUGCUCCUGCAGUAAUGUUCAAAGAGUUCGACCCAAAGCCUCGGAUCACGGGGACGAUGUUGAAGUUUAUUCAAAAAGUUCGAUCCAAAGCCUCGGAUCACAAGGACGAUGUUGAAGUUUAUUCGAAAAGCCAAUCAGACUCAGAGGUUGACGACUCCAAUCGCGACUCUGAGUUUAGAACACUGCUCUUGGGCAGAUACCGAUCGUUGGGGAGUAGCAACAUAUUCAGUGAUUCCCCUACACCCCCUAAUUCUCAGGCGAAUGCAGAGAAUAUGAAACACUUCAAGAACGAAACUAGAUAUCUAAAGGUUUCCUGAACAAACAAAACAAAGACCCUCGUUCUUCAGAUGAUUUGCCACUUUAUUACAUUUCAAUUUUCUCCUCCCGUUUGUUAUAAUGUUAAUGUCUUUUUAUUUAUCGUUUGAAUUUCAUAUUCUGUUGUCAGUACUCAUACAAGCUGCCCCUAUUACGCAGAGGCCAUAACCACUAGAUCAGGUGUGGUCAAGAUUUUUCGAUCAAAGGUCAAAAAAUUGCCCACCUGGAUUGGCGGGCCAUGUUAGUGUGGAGUUACAUAUUCUGAAAAAUAUUCAAAAAUGUGAAAAACAAUAAGCCUCGUGUCAAAAUUUAAUUUAAUCGCAAUUUCAACAAAUUUAUUGAAUUAUUUCCAUCUAAAACAUCAAAAUUUUAUUUUGGUUGUCGCGGCCCAGAUUGAUUACCCAACGGGCCGGAUUUGGCCCGCGAGCCGUAGUUUGCCCAUGUCAGCACUAGACCAAUCGUUUUGGGGUUUUCAUAAAUUCCGUGACACCAGGUUCUCACAAUUUCCGCGUUUGGGGGGGUGGAUAUCCCGUUUUUUCCAGUUCUCAAUUGACGUCCAAUCUAUGUAGAAUGGCGCCCAUGACAAAGUCUAAAAUGCGCCCCCUUGAUAUUUGUUUGACAAUUUAUAACGACUAUUAUUGAAUUGAGAUACCUGUACGUAUUAUUUGAGUAAAAUACGAGUUUUAGUUAUCCCCAAUUUGAAUUUAUUUUAUUGAAACUUUAUAUGAUUGAUAUUUUCCACAGUUUUUUGUCCCUGUCACUGGCCAUGGUUGCCACACCCAAGACACGCCACUGCAUUCUCGCGAAAUAGUGAUUUCAAUUUGCAAAUAUUUUCAUGUCAUCACGUGCUCUCUCCGAUUAUUCUCCACUAACCAUUGACCAGCAAUGAUUUUAUCAAAUUGAUAAUAUUUUUCAUGUUCACGUUUUAUUUGAAGUUUGAAUUUAAGUCUUGUUAUUUAACGUCCCGCCCAAUCACCCACCUCUUUAAUUUUGUAAACACCCUUCUAAAAUAAAAAGCUGGGGAACAUGCUGCCUUUCCCCCGAGCAUAACUGAAGACAAGCCGUCACUGGUACGUAAGAGCUUUCCAGUAACUACUAAGCCCACUCUCAAACAAAAUUCCUGAGUGUAUUCGCCGUUAUGCCACCACAUUUUCCGUUCUUUCAUUCCAAACAAGCAUAGAAAUGUAAAAUCCCGGCACGGCAAUGUUUCUUCCAAAUGUCCACGCCAACAAAACUGAUUAAUUAAUGUUCGUGAUAUUUUUAGGUACAUAUUUUUGUCUUUAGUUGUUCGUCAUUCAGUCUGUCUUUUGUAUGUAUUUCAUGCCAUCUCUUCUAAACUAGAUUCGAGAUCAGCAGGCUAGGUUCGAGAAAUACAAAAGCCCUGGGUUUCUAGUUCGGUAUUGCGCCAAAUUUAACUGGGGGUGCGCAUUUUCGCAUACUUGUAGAAGAUCUAGUUCCCUCCAUUUCCCACUCAAUUGAAUACAUCUUGCGCGUAGCUGCAACUAGAAAAUUUCUUGAGCUUUUUUACGUUUGCUCCCAACAAAAUCCCAGACAAGCAUGACACACCCAAACUGAACAAGUUGCUCACCUUUUUUGCUAAAUUCGAGUCCAACAGGCCCUGAAACAGUAAUCUU